AUGGUGCGCCGAGCAGUCGCCAUUCCGAAAGCGGCCAAGAACGCCUUCGUACCCCCUUCACAGCGCAAGCAGGUUUUCUUGCCUGAGUUUGUGAUCGCACUAGCCCGCACUCCCUUCCUUUCUCCUCGUUAUGCCCAGUUCCGAGUCCCUCUGAACUUCAACAAGUUGGAUCUGCGCGACUACCUCCAAAAUGCCUAUAACGUCGGUGUUGUUAGCGUGCGGAGCUACAUUGAGCAACAGCCCAUCACUCGUAUCACGCGAGACGGCAGGAAUAUUGGUGCCUGGCGCCGACCGAAGGCGCAGAAGCGAAUGACCGUCGAAUUGCGCGAGCCCUUCGUUUAUCCCGAAGAGCCCAAGGAUCUCAGCCCAUGGGAGAAGGAGUCAUGGGAUGCUAGUGAAAAGUGGCAAGCAAAGAUGCAGCAGGGUAUGCAGCAAAAGUCGCACUAUGCCCAAGAACCAGACGCAGAUGCGCGUAAGGCCUUUGAGGAGCAGGCCAAGGAGCUCAAGAAGGCUCCCGAGGAGUGGCGACCGUCUUCGAAAGCGCUGGGCUUAGACCUCGCACGCAGGUUAUCUGUCAGGACGGGUGUGAAGUCGGAGAAAUAG